UCUCUCCCUUAUUACAAGAUAGCGAAAUUGAAAAUGGAAUUGUAGAAGAAGAGAACAGUGUUGUGUUAUGGUGGAGAAAGAUGAAGGUGCAGAUCCAUGGUUAGGCGCAGACAAAUUCUAUCACAUCCUCAUGUGUUUCUCCAUCACUCUCCUCUUUUACUUUCUCGCUUCCCUAACCUCACACCCCAUCCUCCGCCGCCACGCCAUUUCCAUCGGAUCCCUACUUUCUCUCCUCGCCGGCGCCGCCAAAGAAGCCGCCGAUCACCUCGGCUAUUUCCGCUCUUCCGGCGCUUCCUUCAAAGACGCAAUCGCCGAUAUCAUUGGUGUCGUCCUUGCUUCAUUAGCUCUUUCUCUCUUCCGAUCCAAAACCUCUCUUUCUCGCCCUCAUCCACAAGGGAUUUCGCUUGUUUGAUUCCUUUUCCAUUUUCACAACUCAAUUCAGAGGGACAGGAGGGGGCGCCAUUAAUGAGCAAGUGACUGUGGGUAGAGCUCCGUCUUCUAAGGUCCAUUCUUUGACACCAAAGCAUUGACAAUUCUUCAGGAGGGACUUAUUUUUCUUAUUACUACCAUGCCCGUUUCUCUCUGACUUAAAACCACCAAAAAGAGGUACACCAGGAGUGCCUGGUGUUGCUGGUGCUGAUGGAAUUUCCUCAUUAUUAAUAUGCUCCAUUUCUCCAGUCAACAGUAAAUUUAAUUUAGAUACGAAAAGAUCAGAAAUUAGAGUAUGAAGUGGGCUCAAGAUUAUUGUUGCUAUUGUCACUCAUGUAUAUAUAGCAGUAGCAAGCAAGGCUGUAUAGUUGACUUACUAUAUAAGCAUGAUUAGCCUCACUAUAAUAUGGAAAUGAAAGGAAGCAAAUUAGUGGUUGUAACUGAGAUAUGAGAAAAAAGUAGCAGCAUGUGGAAGUGGACGGUGGGGCACUACUGAGGGGACUCUUACUUGACUUUUGAACAUACCAAAAAGGCCUGGUUCACGGUACCCUACAAUAUGCAACAAUUAUAGUAUGUAGUUUUCGGUUUAUCUUCUAUGUCCUUGGCCACUACUUUUGUGCUUUCCAUUUCUGUAACUUUGAAACAGUCCAUUCCUUCACACAAUUGAAGUGCAAAGGUAUGCAAUCAAUCUUGAUUAAAAAUUGCCUCCAUAUAUCAUUAGAGUGUGUUGAACAAAAAAAAAGUUAUUAAUUGCUGUUUACAAGCUUUUAUUAA